CAUAAACAAAAUUCUUGUUUUUUCUUGUCGAAUGUUACUAUUACUAGCCCAUAGGGUCUAAAUUGUAAAUUUAAUCGACGGAAUAACAGUUCAAUGAAGAUUAGGCCGUUGUAAAACGUUUUUACUCUUUAGAAAUAACUGAUGAAAUAAUGUUCGCUUAGAGCUGACAGGACAAAAUGAAUGAAUGACAGCGCUCCUUCCAGACAGACGACAAAAUGAGUAGGGCAUCUGUUGAAUUGUGGGCUAAAGCUGAACCGUUUAGUUACGGAGCUAUACCAGUAGCUCCGCAUCCACGAUUAACUUUUACGAAUAUCAGAAAGAUUGUCAUUUAUGCAAGAAAUAAAGGGGCAGCAGGAUUUCCUAAACUAAGUUAUGGUGUGUGGAAACAUAUCGCUUGUAAUAAACUCCAUAUAACGGAAGAUCUCGCAUGGAUGUUUUUUUCAUCGUGUCAUAUAUUGACAGAUACUUUCUCUCCUGUGGAAAGAGUUCGAUUUGACGCUCGAAUUAAAAAAUGUCACACAGAAAAUCAGAAAGAUGAUCUGCGAUGUACGUUGAAAAUAGAUCUUUAUUUAUUUGUUUUAUAUUUAUAUAUACAACAGUUAUAUAAAGUGUCAUUGCGGGCAUCUUUAGUCGCUGGUGAUGAGUGGCCAAGUCAAUCAUCUACACUAGAUUUUGAAGGAGGAAAGGGUACGCCUAGAAGAACCAAGAGUCUGGAUGAUCAUAGCCAUCAAACUUUUAUACAGAAUAAUUUACAGGAAAUAAUAGAAUUAGUAUCAGAACAUGAGAAGGGUGCUAGUGAGAGAUUUGAUGGUAUCUUAUUACUAGAAGCAGUGGAUGCUCUGGGAUUUAUUCUAGCUGGCAGCAAUGAUAAAAACAGAAGUGUGAAGACCAUUUUAGAAUUAGCAACUCUCGCAUCCUUCCAGUCAGCAACAGGAUAUUCUAAGUUGGGUCAGACAUUUUCACUACGUCUCUUACAGUCGUGGAUAAAAGAUAAUUUAGGGCAGAAUCCAUUUAAUGUUCCAUCGUGUAUAGCAACAGGAACAAGACUGUCCUGGCUAUUUGCAGGUGAAUCAUCUCGAAGUGACCGAAGUAAAAGAGGAAAAAUAGCAACCAAUGCUAAUAUUGUACCUAAAAAUGUCAUUACAGGGAAUAAGUUAAUUGUCAUGUCACAGAUCAGUAAGCAAACAAUAGCUAGGAGUUCUGGAACUUUGGAAUUGAGUUGUGUUAAAAUUCAUAGAAGUUAUUAUUCAUACCUUUAUUUACUUUCACCUUUAAGAUCUGUAACAGUUGAGAAAUGUCGUAAGUCUACGAUUGUUUUAGGACCAGUAGAAACAACACUACAUGUUAGUAAUUGUGAAAAUAUAACGAUCAUUGCUCUAUGUAGAAAUAUUAUCAUCAGUGGUUGUACAUUGUGUACCAUAUAUUUAUUAACACCCAAUCGUCCAGCCUUACUCAGUGGUAAUGAUACAAUCAUACUAGCACCCUAUCACACGUUUUAUCCUAAAUUAGACGAACAUCUAGCUAGAAUGGGAAUAGGUACAGAUCUUAAUCUCUGGGAUCAACCAUUAUGUGUUGGUCCCGAUAAUCGUGAAGAUUGUCCAGUCUGGGAGUUAAUGCCUAUAAAAGAAUUCUAUACUUUUACUAUACCGAUUUAG